AUGAAUACGAUUGCAACAAUUGCUGGUUUAGCGUUGGCUUCGGCGGCAACAGCGGCUAUGAUAAUCAUGGCUAUAGCCGAUGGAAAAACAACUUCUAACUCGACAAAAAUUUCGUACUUACAAUUUGGCGAUAACUCUAAUCAAGAAUCAUUGAUCGAUCCUCAUGGACCUGUCGUUCAAUUUAUUUUAUUCACCAAGAAUAAUCCAGCGGUAAAUAUGAAAAUAGGUGAUGAUGAUAAACUUAAACAUUCUGGAUUGAACGUUUCGAAUCCAACUAAAAUAAUAAUUCACGGAUUUACCAGUAGCGUUAAAGAUGUAGUGUUCACCCUAUUAAAAACUGCUUAUCUCGAUAGCGGGGAUUACAACGUCAUCGGUAUGGACUGGUCUCAGUUAUGCAAUUUUGAAUACAUCACCGCAAUGAGUGGAGUUAGAGAGGCUGGACAAUUUUUAGCAAAUUUUAUAAAAUGGUUGCGAUCUAAGGGAGUUUCUUUGGAAGAUAUUCAUUUAGUGGGGCACAGUAUGGGAGCUCACGUCGCCGGCGUAGGUGGUGCUAGAUUAAAAAAUGGAAAAGUCGGAAGAAUUACGGGUUUAGAUCCAGCUAAACCAGGAUAUAGAGAUAACAGGUUAGAUAAUAAGUUGGAUCCUUCAGAUGCCUUAUUAGUAGAAGGAUUACACACGUUUGUGUAUGUAUUAGGUUUAGCGGAAACUGUUGGUCACGUGGAUUUUUAUCCGAAUGGCGGACUACUUCAACCCGGUUGUCCGGAACUGAAUAAUUUUUGGAAAAUAGGAGAAAGUUUGUUAUGUAACCACGGUCGCGCUUAUUAUUUAUUCGCGGAAGCUAUUAAAAACCAUCGAGCUUUCAAAAGUACUAAAUGUAGUACUAUUCAAGAUGCAAUUUUUUCUAAAUGCGUCGAAAAGUCGGAUAUUUAUAUGGGUCAACCUGAAACUUAUAGCGGAAGAGGCAUAUAUUAUUUUAAAACCAGGAGUAAUUUCCCAUACACUUUAUAAACAAAUAUGUUAUUUCCGUAAUUUAUUUGUGCCACAUUUUGCCAAGUUUAAAUUUUAAACUGAAUCUUUUGUUCAAGAACGCAAAGGAUUCAAUUAUCUAUUACCAUUGUAAUUUUCAUCCAGACAUUAAACAAGAAAAAAA